AGGGCCAGGAAGUCACAGUCCAGUGACAGGCCUUAGAAAGAGAGAGAAGAGAGGAGAGCCCCAGAGGUGAGGGAACAGAGCCGGACAGAGAGGGUGACUGAGACCUGGGCCUGGAGGAGUGCGCUGUGCGAGUGAAAGCGUGCCGCCAUUAGGAUGGGGGAUUUCUGUGGACUUCUCCAACUCACGGUGCUGCUAUUGACUGUGAUUUUUUCAGUGGCUGCUGCUGUCAAGAAUCGGUGUGACAAGAGCAUACAGGUGGCCACCAAGUCAGAUUGCUUCUCCUGCGCAGCCUUUCCUGUAUUCCCAUGUCCACAUGGCUUCCUCAGGAAGAAACAUGGCAUGGGUAACCGGGAUUGCAAGUAUGAGUUUGUUCCUGGAAUUCGUCUCCCAGGAUGCUCACAUGAGUGUGUAAAAGACACCGUGCAGCCUGAGUGUUGUCCUGGUUUUUGGGGCAAUGACUGCAUUGAAUGCCCAGAGAGUGCAGCGAACCCAUGCAGCAAUAAUGGUGUUUGUUCUGAUGGAAUUGGUGGCAAUGGAACAUGCAGUUGCAAGCCAGGGUUUGUGGGGACAGCGUGUGAGGAGUGUGGGUCUAAUCUCUACGGCCCCACUUGUAGUUCAGUGUGCAAAUGUGUGCAUGGUUUAUGUAGUAGUGGACUGAAGGGAGAUGGGUCAUGCACCUGUUUCUCAGGAUACAAAGGCCUCCAAUGUGACAUGGAGCUCCCAGAGUGCACUGCUCUUUCAUGUGGCCCAGAGGCCCGAUGUGUAGAGCAGGCUGACACAGGAAAACUGGUGUGCCGGUGCAAGCCUGGUUACUUGGGCAAUGGAGUCCAGUGUACUUCGAUAAACCCUUGUCUUCAGAGGGUGUGCCAUCCACAGGCUACAUGCACACACGUGGGCCCGAACCAGCAUGUGUGCAAGUGUGUACCAGGCUACUCUGGAGACGGGAUAGUGUGUAUGCCUGUGGACCCAUGCCAGACCCAACAGGGAGGCUGUUCGUCAGAGUCCACCCGCUGUGUGUACGAUGGGCCAGGACAGUCACACUGUGAGUGUCUUCCAGGCUUUGUGAAGCUAAAUGAGUUGAGCUGCAAAAUCAUAAACAAGUGUAAACCAGACUCCUGCCACAAAAAUGCGGUCUGCACUAUGAGCGAUCCUACAUCAAUUCAGUGUCUUUGUAAAGAGGGCUACAUUGGUAACGGACAAGUUUGCUAUGGUAACUUACUGGAUAGAAUCAGAGAGCUGAACUCGCAACCUGGUGGGCAGUGGACUGGCCAACUGACCAGUGCCCUCUCUCUGUUUGAGUCUGUUGUUACUUGGCCACUUACUUCACAAGGUCCAUUCACUAUUUUUGUACCAACCAACAAAGGAUUUAGCAAGGGUGCCACAACAUUGAAGGAUCUGUUGGCAGACCCGGCACAGGCACUUUACCUGUCCAAACUCCACAUGUUGGCUGGAGAGAAAACUAUUGAGGGACUGGUGGGGAAUUCCUACACACUCACUGGAAGGCAAGCUGAAAUUCUGACUGAGGAUAACCAGCUCAAAUAUCGUAUUUAUGGGAGCAAAAGAAAAAAAGGUGUCAUUCUGGACUCUGGCCUAGUGGCCUCCAACGGCAUCAUCCAUAUUAUCAGCAAACUGAUGGACAGUGUUCCGCCCACCGUCAAAAGCCAGAGACAGGAGAACCUGAUGAAGAUUUUGGCAGACAACAACAAAUUCUCCCAGUUCAGGGGUUUGCUACAGAAAACCAGUAUGAAGGGCGUGCUAGAUGGAGAGGGUCCAUUCACAGUGUUUGCACCAACAAAUGCAGCUCUAACGAGCAUGGAGCCAGACUAUCUGAAUUUUCUCUCAUCUGAUGAGGGAGCCACUAAACUGCUGGAGCUACUGAGACACCAUGUGAUAAACACCAAGGUGGAAGUGUUCAGCUUAGUAUCCCAGUCAAGUCUGGUUACCAUGGCAAAUCAGGCCCUGACUGUAAAUACAACAGAAGAGGGACUGAUGCUGUUGAAUGAGGCGCGUGUUCUGGAGGCGGAUGUGGAGGCCAAGAAUGGACGUCUCUAUUCCGUGGAUGGGGUUCUGAUUCCACCCUCCAUAGAGCCAUUGCUGCCCCACAGGUGUGAUGUGACAUCCUGGAAAAUAGUCGAGGGUCAAUGUACUCGCUGCGAAAGAGCUCAGUGUUAUGAAGGUGUCCAAGUGGAUAUUGUUACUGGCUGCGACAGGACUUUUUAUCUUGGCUGUUUCCCUAAAUGUAACGUUACAGAGACGGUUGCUAGCUGCUGUAAGGGCUUCUACGGGCCAGACUGCAUGCCUUGUCCUGGAGGUUACACUAAACCCUGCUCGGGUCAUGGCACGUGUAAUGAUGGCAUGGGUGGGAAUGGAACUUGCAUGUGUGAGCCCAACUUCACCGGCUCACGAUGCCAGUACUGCUCCAACCCCAAUAAGUAUGGCCCAGAAUGCACCAGCUCCUGUCUGUGUCUUGAGGGAGAGUGUGAAAACCGGCGUGAGUCAGAUGGCAGGUGUAAGUUGGGCUCCUGUAACCAGGGCUACGGGGGGCGGUUCUGCGAACGCCAGACCCGAUCAUGCGGUCCAGUGGCCUACUGCCACACUCACGCCAGCUGCGACUUCAGCGGUGGCACAGUCAAGUGUGUUUGCAACCGUGGAUUCAGAGGAGACGGCAUAACAUGUGUUGAGACAGAUCCGUGUGGCUUACCAAACAGGGGGGGCUGUGGCCCUAAUACCAAGUGUGUGAAGACUGGGCCUGCCACCCACGUGUGCCAAUGUCUGGCUGGUUGGAAAGCUGAUGGAGAUGAGUGCCAGCCUGUUGACAACUGCCAGGAGCCCACACGUGGCAACUGCCACUCCGAUGCCAGCUGUAUCUACAUAGGACCAGGGCAGAGUGACUGCACCUGCAAGAGUGGUUACCAUGGCAAUGGCUUUGAGUGUGAGCCCAUCAAUCCUUGUGUCAAACUAAACGGGGGAUGCCACUAUCUGGCCACCUGUGUGUACCAGAAAUCCAAAUGGAAGUGUGUGUGUGAGGAAGGCUACUCAGGGGAUGGGAAACAGUGCUAUGGAACUCUAGCAGAGGUGUUGACUGCUGAACCUCUCAUGGGUGACUUCUACCGAUGGGUCCAGGAUGCCGGUCUGAGCCAGUUCCUGUCGGAGACAGCAGACAUCACCGUGUUUGUGCCCAAUGCAGAGGCCGUGCAGAAGAUGAGCAAGGAGGACAGAGAUUUCUGGCUGUCCAGUGAUAACCUGCCCAGCUUGGUCAGAAGUCACAUUGUCCAGGGACUGUACCCUCUGAAGGACCUGCGGAUGUCUGGUGUGGAGCUUACAGGUCUCAUAAAGAGGCCACUUCCUAUAACUUGGACCAAUGAGACCACAACUGUAGGAGGGGCCAUUCUCAUCUCACCUGAUAUGCCUGCAACAAAUGGACUCAUCUAUAUGAUUGACAAGGUCCUGGCUCCUGACCACAAGCUGAGCGUGGGACUCCUGGAGGUGCUGAGCCAGAGGCCGGAGCUAUCGCUCUUCAGGGAGAGCAUGAUUAAAUACAACCUGACUGACCAAAUUGGCGCAUCUUCCACCAUCACUGUGUUCGCCCCCACGGACAGUGCCAUCAAAGCCUUCCUGAGCACCUCUAACGCCAGCUCUCUGGACGUUAACGUGACAAAGUACCACAUUGUCGUGGGAGAGAAACUCACAGAGGCCGAUCUAUUGGACGGGUUGUACAAAGAUACCAUGCUGGGUUUCUCUUACCAGCUGGGGACCUUCCGCAAAAACAACAAACUGCUCGUGAACACUGCCACUGUCAACACGACAGACAUCAGGUGCAGCAAAGGUGUGGUGCACACCCUGAACUCCGUCCUCAGCAUCCCACAGAACCGCUGUGACAAGAAGAAAUCAGAGCUUGUCACGGGAAAAUGUAUGGAUUGCCUCGCCGCACGGAUAUUUGGAUGUCCAGAGGGAUCGAAACCGCUGGCAUUUUUGUCACUGGAGAGAAGGAGGUGCCUGUACAAAAACCCAUUAGUUGGAAACUUCCACACCAUAGGCUGCAAGAUGACCUGCAUAAACACCACCAUAGUGAGGAAGUGCUGUGCUGGCUACUUCGGCCCCCAGUGUGAGACGUGUCCAGGGCCUGAGGGGGUGCCCUGCGGGGGGCAGGGGGUGUGUUCCGACGGCACCAACGGAACCGGAGUGUGCCGCUGCAACACAGGGUUCAACGGCACCGCCUGUGAAAUGUGCCUGCUAGGGAAAUUUGGUAUCCACUGUGACCAAGACUGUAAAUGUGAACACGGACGUUGCAAGGAGGGUCCAGAUGGUGAUGGCUCGUGUGAGUGUGAUGUUGACUGGACAGGAACUGUCUGUUCUAAAGCUCUAAGUCGGGACUCUUGUGGAGGAAAGUGCCACACCAGCGCUAACUGUCUGCUAAAGGUGAUUGAUAGCACCCAUUACUGUAGCUGUGCACCAGGUUUUCAAGGAAAUGGGACUUACUGUACAGCGGUGAAUGUCUGCGAGAAUAAUAACGGCGGCUGUUCACCUAAUGCCCUGUGUAAGAGGACAUCGCCUGGACGAAGGGUGUGCUUAUGCAAUUCAGGGUAUCUAGGAGACGGCUUGGUCUGCAAAGAAAUUAAUCCUUGUCUGGAAGGCACCGGAGGUUGUGACGUCAACGCAGAAUGCAUGCACACUGGACCAAAUAGGACAUCUUGUAUUUGCCGUGAUGGCUUUUCGGGCAAUGGAAAAAUAUGUACAGCCAUCAAUCCCUGCAAGAAGAAAAAUGGUGGUUGUGACUCCCACGCCAAAUGUGAGAUGACGGGCCCAGGUCAGAGGAACUGCAGUUGCCCAAGUGGCUUCAUUGGAAAUGGCUUCUCUUGCCAAGGGAACCUCCAUUUGGAGAUCGUUGAGAAGAAUUCACUGUUCCUUAGCACUCUCAUUUUUGGAAAGAUCCAUGACCUGAGUGGGAAAGGACCGUUUACUGUGUUUGUUCCCACAAGAAAUGCGCUGAUGAAAGAGAGCAGAUAUAAAGCCUGGCGGAAGGACACGCCUGUGCUAGCCAAAGUGGUGCGCUAUCACAUAGUGCCUUGCAGCAGACUCCUACCUGAAGAACUGAAAAGUCAGAAGAUACUGACCACAAUGAUGGGGGACUCCCUACACAUAUCCAUCGACAGUAAUGGCACGAUACUCAUCAACAACCAGACAGCUGCUAUCGGUGGCUCAGAGGCCACCAAUGGAAUCCUCUACACAAUUGAUACGAUGCUCGUCCCCCCUACUUUGGACCAGAAACAGGUCAACCACACAGCUCUGUCAGAGCUUCGUGAUUACAGCACUUUCGCCAAGCUUGUAGAGGACACAGCUAUAACAGACACUCUGAAGGACACUCUUCACCAGCCCUUCGUCAUGUUCAUGCCGUCUGACCGCAGUAUGAGUGCACUGCCCCAGGAGCGCCGGGACUUCCUGUACGCCGAGCACAACCGUGCACAGCUGUUAGAGUACCUGCGCUACCACAUUGUGCCAGAUGUGCAGGUGCCCCUGACGACGCUCCAGAGCACCCCUCUAACAACACUGCAUGGCUCUGAUCUGCAACUGGGGUGUGCUGGACAGGACAAGGUGGGGCAGCUCUAUGUGAACGACCCAAGCUGUCUCAUCACGCCCCAGAAGUUUGACUUUCCAUGGGGGAAAGUCUAUGGCAUUGACUGCCUGCUUAGUCCUCCUAGCUUGGGAGGGCGCUGUGAUAUCCUGCAGCCCAUAGACAUCACGAUGCCCUGUGGGGGGUGUUCAGUUUCACGAUCGUGCCCAGGAAAGGCCAAGCUCAAGGAGACUUUGAAAUGUGAUAUCCUUGCGGUUGUGAGUCUUCGUAGCUCUGGCUGCCAAUCAGUCUGCACACUGGCACACUGGAAACGCCAGUGUUGCCAUGGCUACUAUGGACGUGAUUGCAUGGCCUGUCCAGGAGGGGCAGAAACACCCUGUGAAAAUCACGGGAAGUGUGACGAGGGUAGCCUAGGCAACGGCACCUGCACUUGUGACAAAGGUUUCACAGGCGAUGCAUGCGAGUUGUGUGAAGAGGGUCACUUUGGACCUGACUGCAAAGCCUGUAACUGCACAGUGAACGGGACAUGUAACCAGGGUCGCCAUGGCGACGGCAGCUGUUUCUGCAAGGAGGGCUGGAUGGGGAAGCGGUGCGAGGCCAAACUGGGGUCCAUCCCCAUCUGCGACCCUCCUUGCGCUCCUAAGGGUGUGUGCAAGCCGAACAACACAUGUGUAUGCAAGCCUUUCUACGAGGGAGAUGGGAUCACCUGCACAGUGGCAGACCUGUGUAAAUACUGGAAUGGGGGAUGCGCUGCAGGAGCCAAGUGUAGGCAGAGUGGGGAGAAAAUCAGUUGUACCUGUCCGCAGCACCACAAGGGCGAUGGCUUUGUGUGUACUCCCAUCGACCCCUGUGCUGCCAGCGAUAAUGGAGGCUGCCACGAGCAUGCUGACUGCAAAAUGACUGCGCCUGGAAAGAAGAAGUGUGAGUGUAAGAGCAAUUACAUUGGUGAUGGAGUGUUGUGUGAGCUGAAGGAACUGCCCCUGGAUCGCUGUGCCCAGGAUAAUGGGCAGUGCCACUUUGAUGCCCAGUGCACUGACCUGCACUACGAGGAUAAAACGGUUGGAGUGUUCCACUACCGUUCACCUAAAGGCACAUACAAGCUUAACUACACAGAAGCCCAGCUAGCUUGCAGCCAGGACGGGGCCACACUUGCAACAUACAUCCAGCUGUCAUAUGCCCAGCAGGCUGGUAUGAACAUGUGUGCAGCUGGAUGGCUCUCAGGGGUUAGAGUUGGAUAUCCAACCACAUACUCCAACCCCAAGUGUGGUUUUGGCCAUGUGGGCAUUGUGGACUAUGGUGUGCGCAACAACUUGAGCGAGACCUGGGACGCCUUCUGCUACAGACUCAAAGAUGUGCAGUGUGCCUGUAAAGAGGGCUACAUUGGGGAUGGCUACAGUUGCACUGGGAACCUCCUGCAGGUCCUCAAUUCUCAGCCCAGGUUCUCCAACUUCUUGGCACAAAUCCUCAACUACUCUCAGAACUCAGUGGCCGGGAAGGAGUUUGUGAAACGCCUCAGCAACCUGACUGUCCAGUCCACUCUGUUUGUGACAGACAACAGUGGAUUGAAUGAGAAUGAGACACUGUCAUCCCGGGAUCUUGAGUAUCACCUGUCAGACGCUGGGGCAGUCUCUCUACAGGAGAUGACCAAUGGCAGCCACAUCCGCACACGCCUCGGCCAACCCAUCACUGUCAUUGGAGUGCCUGAUUUAAAUGACCCCUCUAAGUUGACCUCCUCUCGGUAUUUAAGUGACCGUUUCCUGAUUGAGUCUGACAUCAUGGCAUCCAAUGGCAUCAUCCAUGUCCUUCGAAAACCAUUGACAGCCCCUCCUCCAAAACCAUCAUUUCAUGUGGGCCAUCAGGCUGGGAUGGGCAUUGGAGUCAUUCUGUUGCUCCUAUUGAUUGCUGCCGUCAUGUUUGUUGGAUAUCAUUUCUACACUCACAAGACCAAGCCAUUCCAGUUCCACUACUUCAGGGAAGAUGAGGGAGAAGACAGUGUUCCAGAAUCAAGCAUCUGCAAUCCCAUGUAUGACAGUGUGUCUGACCCCACUGCAGGCCUGGGAACCCUUUCUGGACUGGCGGAAGAAGAUAAACAUCAGGUGGUUUCUGCAGGUUCUUACAAUCUGCAAGAAAGCUGAAAACUGGCAUGGAAUAUACAGAAGGAUUUCCCCUUUUUUAUACAAGUCAAAAUGAGUGCUCUGCAGUCUAAUGAUUAGGCUGUUCAGAAUAUGAAUAGUAUGAGAUUUUAAAAAUAUUUGAUUUGUUAAUAAGUGGUAGGAGUUGUAACAACUAUGUACAACUGAGUAUGAAUGGAUGAAUGUCACAAGAUGUUGAGAAGAGAGAGUGUGUGUGUGUGUGUGUGUGUGUGUGUUAGAGAGAGAAUGAGUGAGUGUGUUUCCCCAGUGAGCUAUUAAAGAGCCUGUUAAAAUGUGAAUUAUUCUGAGUUGUCCAAAAGGGUGGCUCGCCAUAUCAUGAAACUGUAGACAAAUGGAUAUUAUAUUGCGUACAUUGUUUUUUUUUGGCCUUGGAGGAUUGCUUCUAAUACAAGAUCUAUUGAACCCUUAAGACAAAAAUCAAUUUAAAACCUUUUUCACAUCUGCAGAGCAGAUUAGACAUCCAGACAUCUUUAUCCUACGAAUACA